GGUGUGAACCUCACACACCCUCUCUUGACCUGUGGGGCUGUGCGCUUUCAUCCCGUCUCUCCAUCUUCCCCACGGGUCUGUUCCUCUACCUGUGUUUCUCUGUAAAGGCCUCGAGUUACGUGUGCUGUUCUCUCUGCUCAAGGGCUCCUUCCCAGGUCUUCUGGUAGCUGCCGCCUUCUCAUCUUUCUCCUGGCUCGCGGUAGCCAUCAGGGAGCCCUGACCUCUUGCCGCCACUGCCCUGCUGUCCUGAGAUGUGAUUUUGCACCUGCUUCGUCCUGACAGCCUCUCAGGCAGAGCAGGUGCUCCCACCACAGCGGGUGGUGCCCUGUGUGUUCAUCACUAUGACGUUGGCCAGCCAGGUCUGAGGGCCCAGGGGUUCCUGUAGGACCCGCCAAAAGGGUCCUUGCCUUCACAUAGGACGCAGAACCAGACACGAGCCAGGAGGAAGUGAGAGCAGUUUACUGAGUGUUUUCCUGUGUCCCGUGUUUCCCAUCUGACUGCUGUGGGCUGGGAGAGUCUUCACGAGGCCCAGGAGUGUUGGUCACCUUCGAGUUGGCGCUGCUGCACCCCUUAGGUCUUUGCUGUGGCCCCCGGAGCCCCCAGGAUGUUUCACGGGAUCCCCGCCGCUCCGGGCAUCGGAGCGCCUGGAAACAAGCCGGAACUCUACGAGGAAGUGAAGCUGUACAAGAAUGCCCGGGAGCGGGAGAAGUAUGACAACAUGGCCGAGCUGUUUGCUGUAGUGAAGACGGUGCAGGCCCUGGAGAAGGCAUACAUCAAGGACUGCGUCACCCCCAACGAAUACACUGCUGCGUGUUCCCGGCUCCUGGUCCAGUACAAAGCCGCCUUCCGGCAGGUUCAGGGCACAGAAAUCAGCUCUAUUGAUGAAUUCUGCCGCAAGUUCCGCCUGGACUGCCCGCUCGCCAUGGAGAGGAUCAGGGAGGACCGACCCAUCACCAUUAAGGACGACAAGGGCAACUUGAACCGCUGCAUCGCCGACGUGGUCUCGCUCUUCAUCACAGUGAUGGACAAGCUGCGCCUGGAGAUCCGUGCCAUGGACGAGAUCCAGCCUGACCUGCGGGAGCUGAUGGAGACCAUGCAUCGCAUGAGUCACCUGCCCCCGGACUUUGAGGGCCGCCAGACUGUGAGCCAGUGGCUGCAGACCCUGAGCGGCAUGUCGGCCUCCGACGAGCUGGACGAUUCCCAGGUGCGCCAGAUGCUCUUCGAUCUGGAGUCGGCCUACAACGCCUUCAACCGCUUCCUGCAUGCCUGAGUUGUCCGGCCCGGGGUCCCCGGGAGGGCUCUGCUGCGCGCCACGGGCCUGUCGCCCGGAUAGUCCUCCAGUGUCCUGCCACCCAGAGUGGCUCCAUCUGGGUGCCCGUCCCUGGUGUCUCAACCCUAUCUCCUCCCACCCUCCCCACAAUAAAGACACUUUCUGACCU